ACGGCCAAAGGAAAGCAAACCCCCCUCUUCCAGCCAGAAGCCUUCCCACCUCCCCCUCACCCAAUAAAAAAAACAAAUCCAAUUACCUCUUUUACCAAAGCUAAUAGAGGCUAGAUAUGGUCGGCCUGCCUGAAACCGGCGAACCCGGCAACAUCCUAUCCGAUGCCUGGGAUUACAAGGGCCGCCCGGCCGUCCGAGCCCAAUCCGGCGGCUGGACCAGCGCCGCCAUGAUCUUAGUGGUGGAGCUGAAUGAGAGGCUGACGACCCUGGGAAUAGCAGUGAACCUGGUCACCUACUUGACCGGCACCAUGCACCUAGGCAACGCCGCCGCCGCCAACACCGUCACCAACUUCAUGGGCACCUCCUUCAUGCUCUGCCUCCUCGGCGGCUUCGUCGCCGACACCUUCCUCGGCCGCUACCUCACCAUCGCCAUCUUCGCCGCCGUCCAAGCCUCUGGCGUGACCAUCCUGACGAUCUCGACUGCGGUGCCGGGGCUGCGACCGCCGGCGUGCACCGAUGUAGGAUCAGGCAAUUGCGUGAAGGCUUCCGCGGCGCAGCUCGGGGUGCUGUACCUGGCUCUGUACCUGACGGCGCUGGGAACCGGCGGGCUGAAAUCGAGCGUGUCGGGCUUCGGCUCGGACCAGUUCGACGAGACGGACCGGGGGGAGAAGCACCAGAUGAUGAAGUUCUUCAACUGGUUCUUCUUCUUCAUCAGCCUCGGGUCGCUGCUGGCGGUGACGGUGCUGGUGUACAUCCAGGACAACCUGGGCCGGCGGUGGGGGUACGGGCUGUGCGCGGCGGCCAUCGUGGCGGGGCUGCUGGUGUUCCUAUCGGGGACGAGGCGGUAUCGGUUCAAGAAGCUGGUGGGGAGUCCCCUGACGCAGAUAGCGGCGGUGGUGGCGGCGGCGUGGAAGAAGAGGGCCCUCGAAUUGCCGUUGGAUCCUUCGAUGCUGCAUGAUAUCGAUGGCAGCUCCGGCCAACGGGAGAAGAAUCUGUCCAAGAAGAGCCAUGGAGAAAAGCAGAGGCUGCCGCACUCCAAACAGUUCCGUUUCCUGGAUCAUGCUGCGAUCGUCGUCAACCAGUCCACCGAACAGAGCAAAUGGCGUUUAUCAACCCUAACAGACGUGGAGGAGGUGAAAAUUGUGAUCCGAAUGCUCCCCAUCUGGGCCACCACCAUCAUGUUCUGGACCGUCUACGCCCAAAUGACCACCUUCUCGGUGUCCCAGGCCACCACGAUGGACCGCCGCAUUGGACCAUCCUUCCAAAUUCCGCCGGGCUCCCUCACCGUCUUCUUCGUCGGCUCCAUCCUCCUCACCGUCCCCGUCUACGACCGCAUCAUCGUCCCCAUCUCCCGCCGCUUCAACGGCAAUCCCCAUGGCCUCACUCCGCUCCAACGCAUCGGCGUGGGCCUCGUCCUCUCCAUUCUAGCCAUGGCGGCCGCCGCCCUCGUCGAGAUCAAGCGCCUCAACGUGGCCCGGUCGAACCCGGUCACCAUGCAAAAGGGAGCUACUGUUCCAUUGAGCGUCUUCUGGCUGGUCCCUCAGUUCUUCUUGGUUGGGUCGGGGGAGGCUUUCACCUACAUUGGCCAGUUGGACUUCUUCCUAAGGGAGUGUCCUAAGGGAAUGAAGACCAUGAGCACAGGGCUGUUCCUGAGCACCCUGUCAUUAGGGUUUUUCGUCAGCUCGGCAUUGGUGACCAUCGUGCAUAAGGUGACAGGGGAGAGCGGCCAUGGAGCAUGGCUCGCAGACAACCUGAACCGCGGGAAGCUCUACAACUUCUACUGGCUCUUGGCAGUGCUGUGCCUGGUGAACUUGGGGGUCUACUUGGUGGCGGCGAGGUGGUACGUUUACAAGGACGGCCGGGCAGCGGCGGAGGAUGAAAGCAUGGCCGGUGUGGAGUUGACGGAGGCAGAAGCAUGCUGCCAAGCAUAAACCUACUGCACUUAGCAGCAUAUAGUUUGGUCUUCUUGUGUUUCUGACAGCCGUCAAUAACCUCUUGUUGGGAAAAAAAGAAAAAGAAAACACUUCUCCAUCUUGCUAAUUAAUGUAUAAUCAAAUAUUGUGCAAAUGGUUGGUUUUAUGCACGGUCACAGGGUCAGCACUUCAA